CUCGUCGUUGGGCUGUUUUCGCUUGAGGCCUCUGAGCUGGGCCAGGCGAGCCUUGCGGUCUUGCGCCGCGGCGCUGAGGUUGUUGAGCGACGACGACAUGCUGGGCGGGCCUUGUCGCGCGGCGGGCGGUGCGGUCGAAGAAAACCGUGAACUCGACGGUCGUCUGCGCAGAGGUGUCCACGGUCUUGGGAGGUUUGCGCGUUGGUGGGGCAAAACUGAGAGCCACCUCAGUUGAGCCUCCAUGCGUUUUACAGUGCGCUCAGUGGGUCACUCAUGGGUGGAGCGGCUGGAGCCCGUGUGCUGCGGCGCGGGUGCGGACGCCAGCGGUGGCCCCUGUAUCCGGGCGGGACGUCAAUUAUGGGUGCCGCAGAAUUAUUCGUCGCGACUUCCACAACUCCAACAUUCAACGGCCGACGUUCGCGGCCGCACCACAACUCUUUUCAAGCACCCCCGCGACUUCGCACGAUGAAGGCAGCCUCUAUCUGCCUGGAAGUGGAGCCCCUGAGAUGAUAACGGCUCAUUUCCCUCGCCAUGGCUUUCUGAGGCUGCCGCCUACCGUUCCAAAACUACACCAGACGUCUCCCGCGCAACAAGUGCGACACUUUAUAGGAUGGAGGCCCUGCCUCGCGCCUCGCGCGGCACAAGAGCUGGAUAUUGGGGGUCGGCAAUAUUGGAGAGAUUUAGGCGACAGCAAUGCGCAGGCGCCUACAGCAAGUCGCCCGCCUCCUAAGUUAUCGAAUCGACAUCCCGAUGACGAAGCUCAGUUCGCCGAACUGCCCCGAGACAACAAAUUCGCGUACACCACCGACUCAGGGGGUGCUACCGUUGACGGUAGCGCAGACCACAAAGGGCUCAGAACAAAAAGCCAAGGCCCGAGCCAGUCUCUUGGCCGCAAAAAAGGGCCAGCGGAUCGAAAGCCCAGUAUCAGUGAUAGUCGAGUACCUGUUGCGGCUAGGGAUUUUGCAAGGCUCGAUUUGUCGGGCCACGGCCGUUUAACGGCAGAGAGAUGGAGCCAAUUCAAAGAACAGCAACUCAUAUACAAACAAUGGGGAUACGUCCGUCACCAAUAUCCAAAAUCCGAGGUGGUUCAAGCCAGGAGGGACUUUAGAACCUGGAAGGUGAAGUUGCAGAAGGUCCUGGAGCCGAUCGAGCCUUCUUCGUGGCCGUGGCGUGAAGAAGGAGCCGUACUGUUCGAGCUAGAGUCAGCGGCAGCCAUGCGCAAAGUCUGGGAGUCUCUCGACGUGGAACAGCGACAACGCAAGUGGCCGUUGAUGAUGCUUUCAACAAUGCACCGCCGUCCAGAAAAGUCCAGGCUCGUCCUCGAAGCUACAUUGGACUCAUUGCCUCCUGGAUAUGCGAUACAUGAUGUCCUGCUCUUCGUCACGCGGCGGAUGAACCUCGAUGGCGUUAAAUCAUCGAGAGAACGGACAAUCGAGGCAGAGGAAGUGCUUCACCUCGUGAGCAAGGUCAUGGAGGAGACUCCGGCGGGGCAUGUCCCAUUCAGCCAGAGGACCUUUGGGCUGCUCGCCCAGAAACUCCCAGUUGAGCAAGUGGAGGAGCUCUACAGCAUCGUGGAGAGGACCGGGCACAGGAUGCACACCAACACCCUUCUUCAGUUUGCCCGAAAGCUGGCCACCGAUAUGGCUUACAAGGAGACUGCAUUUACCAUCCUCAAGAACCUUGCGGACGACGGGCUCGAUCUGAAUGACGUGAGGAUGGCGAGCGUCGUCACGAUCCUCCUGCACUGCAAGAACAACAGCGACAGCGUCUCGCAACAGAAGCAUCCCUUCUCUCCCAAGGAUGCUUUGCAGCAGCUGGUGGAACGAGGGUUUGCGCCGAACGUUGUGACAACCACGGCCCUGCUCGACACGCUCUGUCAGCAAGGCGAAGUCGAGGAAGCCAUUCGGCUGGCCCUCUUAUUCGCCGAGUGUGGCGUGCAGCUGGACACCAAGGCGUGGUCGACGGUGUUUCGCGGGGCAAAGAGCAGUCUCAAGGUGGUCAAUCUUGUCAAGGCACUCGACGUUGCGAGAGCAGCUGACGCGCCAUUCGUGGAUGUUUUGAACAACGCACUCCACAGCGUCUUUUACUUUGCAGAGAUGGAGUCCCGCGAGAAGAGACACCGCGCACCUAGGGCUCUCCCCAUCUUUAUGCCCAUGCUGCAGGUGUAUGCCAAGAAGUUUAAUCUCGAGCCACUGCAGUGGUGGCUUCCUGACUCGCUACCCUUGAUGCUCUCGCAGACGUGCUCAGGCAAAGAAAUCACGUCGCUCGAGGGCCAGCACCGUCGGACAUGGGACUUUCAAUACUCGGUACUGCCCGUCGUUGACAAGCUCUUCUCAGCCGGUGACGAAACGAAAGUGCAGGCCAACUCGACAACGGUCGCCAUAAUGUUGAGGGCGUACAUCAAGAGUCUGCAGCAACCUUACGACCUCAUGUCCUUCUACAGCUUUUUCAAGUCGAGACUGGAAGAGCAGGCGAAGAAGGAGGACUCCGCCAACCGGCUCAUCAAGAGUCAAGGUAGUCUGAUACACGACACGCUAAUAAUGGCCAUGACGGAACAUCGAGGCUUGUCGCGUCAGGCGCUUCAGGUCUUUGGCGACAUGCUAAAGGACAACCUCAAGGCAGAUCCCGCAGAGGGAGACAAGGCACACGUGCAGGACGGCAGCCGCGUGACGACGACGCCGAUCCACCCCACGCCAAGCGUGCUCACUUUCACGAUACUGCUGAGGGGGUUGAUGAAUGGCAGGGACAGGCUUCUCGCGCAGCAAGUGAUCAAGGUGAUGCAAGAGCACGGCGCGGAACCGAACCUGGUGACGUGGAACACGCUGGCCAAGGGGUACGCGUCGAUGCAGGACAUUGCGCGGACGGUGGCGACGCUGCAGGACAUGGAGGCGGCGGGCUUCAAGCCGGACGCGUUUACGUUCAAGGCGUUUGGGAAGCUGAGGGACCAGGUCAAGGCGCUCAAGAUGAUGGAGCACAUCAUCGACACGAAACGGAAGAAGAUGGCUAGCGAGGACAUGUAUCAAUAAGGGGCUCGGGGCGCAAGCGCACAUGACGAUACCACGGAUAUAGACUUCUUGUACAACGAAUCUCAACCCAUUUGCACGACGACGGGCGAUGGUGGCUGAAGUAUUCGUACCAAGUUGAUUGUGCCGCAGUUGGUUGGGGUGUGGG